AUGAUGAGCAAAUGGACGAUGAAGCCGUCGGAUUAUCAAGCAGUCAGACUUCGCAACAACCAGCGGCGCCACCGCAAGAAGGUCAAAGACCAUGUCGCAGAGCUCCAGUCACGCCUAUCAGAGACGCAACUGCAGCUUGACCAGGCUCUGUCCCGCAUUGCAGAGCUCUCCGCUGCGCUCUCGAGGAUGCAACUCGACCCAAUUCUGCGGCUCCAAAGCCACGAAGAUUUGGACGAACCCCCCGCGAAGGGAUGCCUAGUUGCCACCGACGAGCAGCCAUGGCUGUCAAUCAAUCAGAGAAGCUCAAGAGUUGUGCAGGGACUUGAUGAAGCGCAUCCUCGCCCUGCAGCCUUGCGAGAAGAAGACCGUGUGAAACAGCAGACUGGCCUGAACCCAAGCCUAUUCAUCUCUAGAGAAUUCUUGGCCUCGAGUCUACCUCCUGUAUCUCUAGGCCCGUGGACAAGCAUCGCCGCCGUGCAAGCGCCUGACCUCAGCUCCGAGGUAGUUGCGCACGCUGAAGACGAGGAAUGCCGUGGCUUGCCGCUUUCGGAACCGGGGAAGCCAACCAUCAGAUGCCGGGAUGCACAUCUCAUCAUCAAUCAGCAAAACUACAAGGCCUUGGACAGCUCCUCGAUCCGAAUGUGGUUGGAACCCGGGUAUCGGAGGCCAAUCUUCGAAGGCGACGGAUGCCGCGUCGAUACGGUUUUGCUAUUUUCCUUGUUGGAUUGGAUCAGUGCUUCGUAG